AUCUUUUCUUGGUGGACGUGUGCAAUCACACAUUCGUCGACAUACGCAGCCUUUGAAUCACACAUAGCCAUGAGAACAUGAGCAGGCACUGAUGAAUUCAUCGUCUCUUGCGACUUGGGGAUUCACAUUUGAGGGCAAUGGCUCUGCUUGCGGAGAACGAGCCACAAUAUGAUGCGCCCAAGCACCGCCACCCAUACCUAUCCGGAAAUUUCGCGCCUGUUCAGAAAACAACACCUCUCACGCCAUGUACGUACACAGGGUCCAUCCCACAUGACCUGGGCGGUGGACAGUACGUGCGUAAUGGGGGAAAUCCGGUGACAAAUGAUGAUCUUGGCCGCGACGCCCACUGGUUCGAUGGCGAUGGAAUGCUCAGCGGCGUCCUGUUUCACAGGACUGGUGAGAAGGGAACACUCAUUCAGCCUGAGUUUGUCAACCAGUUCCUUGUGACGGAUGUGUACGCCUACGCAAAGAGAAGUUCUGGCAACCGCCGAGAUGCCUGUGCGACCUCGGAUGGAACCCUGAGACGACCUGUCCUGCCGAGUAUAGCGACGCUUGUCAAUCCUUGCGCAGGCAUCUUCACCAUCAUCUGGUCCGUACUCAGAACAAUCAUCCUUGUGAUGUUGUCUCAUCUCUACAGGGCAAGAUAUCCCAUCAAGAAGAUCAGCGUCGCAAAUACGUCUGUCAUCUUCCACGACGGCCGGGCGCUAGCUCUCUGUGAGAGCGGGCCGCCGCUUCGUUUUGUCCUGCCGAGCCUGGAGACGAUAGGCUGGUUCAACGGACAAAGUGCCGAGAACGAGCCCUCACACCAGCUCUCAGCCUCAAGGGGCGGGUUUGGGGGGCAAGGUCUCUUGUCCUUUAUGAAAGAGUGGACAACUGCGCACCCACGAGUCGACCCGAUCACAAAAGAGAUGAUUGCCUUCCACUCCGUCUUCAUCAGACCGUUUUGUUACUAUUCCAUUGUACCGCCGUCGAGUGUGAGUGCCAAGUCUGGAGCACCGUCGAUGGGCUCGGCACGGUUCUCGAUGCCUGUGCCAGGGGUCAAGGCCCCCAAGAUGAUGCACGAUUUUGGUGCAUCUCGCAACCAUACAGUCAUCCUCGACCUCCCCCUCACCUUGGACCCAGCAAACCUGGCCCGCGGCGUCCCAGUACUGUCCUACGACUCGGCGGGUGUAUCACGGUUCGGAGUCUUUCCCAGGUACAGCCCAGACCGUAUACAGUGGUUCGAGACCAACCCAUGCGUCAUCUUCCACACAGCUAAUUGCUGGGACACCACGACCAAGAUGCUGGAUAUUAACGGCGCCCAGCUAGAGAAGACAUCGGUUCAUCUUCUUGCCUGUCGACUGACCUCCGCAUCGCUGGUCUUCAGCGCGGGAAAUUUGCCCACCCCAGCCGUCAAGCCUGUGCCUCCCGAGUACGCCGAGGAAGAGCAGUGCAGACUCUACUAUUACAACUUUCCCCUUUCUCCAGACAACCUGAGUGACGAGCCAGAACACCGGACUCGCCACCAGUGGGCCCUCUCGGCUAUAUCGUUUGAGUUUCCCACUAUGUCGCCAGAUCAUUCCAUGGCAUCGGCCCGGUAUAUUUACGGCUGCUCCACCGCUGAUGCCUCCUACACCGUUGCACUUGGAAAAGCCGCAAAGAUCAAUCACCUCGCAAAAAUCGACGUGCAGACGCUCAUCGAUCGCGGUGUCCGGCAGCCUCCCCAGCCUAUCAAGGGAUGCGUCGACACCAGAACUGUUGCUGAGAUUCUGGCCGCCAACGACCCAGACGACCCCAUAAAGCUGUUCAGGAUGCCGGAGGGCUGGUAUGCACAAGAGGCGCGGUUUGUGCCCCGUCGAGAGAGCGAGCGUAAAAGUGAGGAUGACGGCUGGUUAUUAACAUACGUCUUUGACGAGAGCCAGCUCGAGACUACAGGGGACCACGCCGGGGAAUGUCAUGAUGACGCUGUCAGCGAGCUCUGGAUCAUUGAUGCCAGAACGAUGAAGGAGGUGGUGGCUCGAAUCAGAUUGCCACAAAGGGUGCCGUAUGGUCUACAUGGCGCAUGGUUCUCCGAAGAUGAGAUCAGAGACCAGAGACCUUUCCAGGGGCUCAGGACUCUAGAUUACAACAGGGGACGAAGCUGGUAA